UGAGUUUUAUGUAUAGCUGGAGUUGUACAGACAGUUGCCACAGCUAUGCAAUCAACUCAGACUACCUCAAACCACUACAUUAUGCACGAAUCACAGGAAUCUCAAAUCUUGCCGAUUUCAACCGAUACAGGAGACAAAUUCCUGCCUAAUCAAUCGCACCAGCUCGAGCUCGACGCACAUUCGUUUCUCCCUGGGGAUGGAUAUAACAGGAAUAACGGUCACUACUGUUCCGGGACAUAUGAGUUAGGGUUCCCAGACUCUUAUGGCUGUUAUGGAUCAUACGGGGGAUCUUCACCUCUAACAACGGACACAGAGAAAGAGGAGAAGGAGCCAGAAGUCAGAAUGGUAAAGGGUAAACCGAAAAAAGUCCGUAAGCCCAGAACCAUCUACUCCAGCCUGCAGCUAUGUGCGCUACAAAGCAGGUUUCGAAUGAGGCAGUAUCUGGCGCUACCUGAGCGUGCGGAACUGGCCGCUUCACUGGGACUGACCCAAACACAGGUGAAGAUUUGGUUCCAGAACCGUCGCUCCAAGCUGAAGAAAUUGUGGCGAAAUGGGCAGAUGCCACCAGAACAGCAGGAGACCCCCUGUGCCUCCCCUCGGUCCAGCAGCUCUCCUCAAGCUACAACAGUACACUGGGGCCCCCAGAACCAUGGAAUUACAGAGACAUGUUCAAGCAAUGAGCAGGACUGCAUCCCUCCAAGCUCCACAUCCUUUAGCAGUUAUUACUCUUGGUACUCAACAAAUGACUGUGUGAGACUCUCCCAAUUGAGUCCAGUACUUAAUCAGUCUAAUCCCACAGUUGUGGGGUCAAUUUACUGAUAUAAAAGGACCAAAGAUACUGAAAACCUACA